AGUUUGUUGCCUCUUUAUUGCUGUUUCCAAUACCACUCGGGCGGGACAGAUUGCAGCGCGGGUAUUUAGCCCGUCGAUCAGCAUACUACCCACUACCCUCCCAUCAUGACUUCGUCGCUUCAGCUCAUACUCUUGGCGGCCCUCGCAUGGGCCCUAUGGAGGCUCUUCCGCACCUUCGUCAUUCGCUCACCUCUCGACAACAUACCCGGUCCACAGCGCUCUUCCUUUUGGACAGGAAACAUCAAAGACUUAUUCAAUCGCCAUGGCUGGAAUUUCCACGAUACGAUUGCUCAGCAGUACGGACCUGUUUCGAAGGUGUAUACGGCAUUCGGCGGCCAGGGCCUAUACGUCUAUGACCCCAAGGCUCUGAAUAGCAUCAUAGUCAAAGAUCAGUACACGUACGAGGAGCCGACAUGGGUUAUCAAAUGGGGUCAUAUGAUACUCGGACCAACGUUGUUUGCAACGCUAGGCGAACACCAUCGUAAACAGCGUAAGAUGUUGAACCCUGUCUUCUCCACCGCGCACAUGCGACACAUGACAUCAAUUUUCUACAACGUCGUCCAUCGCCUGAGGGAAGCCGUCUCUACCAAGAUUAACGACAACUCUGGAGAAGUCAAUGUCAUCGAGUGGACGUGUCGCACAGCGCUUGAGCUUAUUGGGCAGGGCGGCCUUGGGUAUUCGUUUGACCCGCUCGUGGCAAGCUCCACGAAUGACUUCGGUGUCGCUCUCAAAGAGUUCAUGCCUACAUCGUUUUCACUGCAUAUCUGGCGCACGCUGACGCCGUACCUCACGUCGUACAUUCCCAUUGCAAUCCGCCGGCAGAUCAUCAGAUGGGUACCGCACAAGAAUGCACAGAAAAUGCGCGCGAUCUCAGAGACGUUGGCGGCCCACUCUAGGGGGAUAUACGAGCAGAAAAUGGCUGCACUAGCCCGAGGUGACGACGCCGUCGUACAUCAGAUUGGCGAAGGGAAGGAUGUUUUGAGUAUUUUGAUUCGAGCAAACAUCUACGCUUCCGAGGAAGACAGGUUACCCGAAGAAGAGAUCAUUGCUCAGAUAUCCGGCCUCGUUUUGGCCGCCACAGAUACCACAUCCAACGCCCUUGCACGGACGCUCCACCUCUUAUCUGAACGUCAGGACGUCCAGGAUAAGGUCCGUGCGGAGCUCGUGCAGGCGUCCCCCGACGGCGAGCAUAUCCCGUACGACCAGCUCGUCGACCUCCCCUACCUUGACGCAGUGUGUCGCGAGACGCUACGUCUAUACCCUCCUGUCGCUUUCCUCGGUCGCGAGACGCGCAACGAUAUCGUCAUGCCACUCUCAGAGCCCGUGCAGGGCCUCGACGGCAGACUCGUCAACGAGAUCCUUGUGCCAAAGGACACGCCUAUCUUCAUCUCCAUCUGGGGCUGCAACCGCAACCCGGCGAUCUGGGGCGAGGACGCGCUGGAGUGGAAGCCGGAACGCUGGCUGACGCCGCUUCCAAAGGCACUCGGCGAGGCACAUGUGCCUGGUAUCUACGCGAACCUUAUGACAUUCCUCGGUGGCGGGAGAGCUUGUCUUGGCUUCAAGUUCUCUCAGCUGGAAAUGAAGGUCGUGCUGGCCGUCAUGCUGCACUCCUUCCGCUUCCACCCCAGUGACAAAGAGAUUUAUUGGAACCUCGCUUCAGUCAAUUACCCUAGCGUAGGGAAGGAGAGCACGAAAGCUGAGAUGCCGAUGAAGGUGGAAGCUAUUCAAGUCUAACCUUGUCUUGUAAUCUAAGCGGGCUUUGGUGAUCUUUCUAUGUCGUUGGCUCUUUUCUGUGGUGCGGCAACGAUUUGACAAUUUCUAUGUGCCGCAUGACGCGAAAUUCGACAGCGGACCGCGGCGCGACUUCAGCUGACGGCACGCGAAUUUUGUAUUUACUAGUACGGCGGUUUUAUACUGUGUUUUAGUGCCGUUUUGCACCGG